UCCUACAUGUGAACCAAAUAGCUACCUGUGGAGUAUUAGAAUUUGACUUGCUCAUUCUUAUAUUUUUCUGUUUUAUACUAAAGAAAGGACAGACGCAGAAUUCUAAGACUAAAUAGCUAGAAAAUAUUUAUUCAAACUUGAGUGUGGAGCAGUUCUACUUAUCAGAGGAAGGAACGUCACAGGGAAACAAAAGCCAAAUGUUUUCCACAGGAGUCUUCCUUUUGGCUGUUUUGAUUUCUACUGCACUGGCUGGCCCAUGGGCUAAUAUAUGCGCUGGCAAGUCUUCCAAUGAGAUCAGGACGUGUGACAGCCAUGGCUGUGGCCAGUACACUGCUCAAAGGAACCACAGGCCUCAUCAGGGUGUGGAUGUCUUGUGUUCUGAUGGAUCUACUGUGUAUGCACCAUUCACCGGAAUGAUCACGGGCCAGGAGAAACCUUAUAAAAACAAAAAUGCCAUCAAUAAUGGUGUACGGAUAUCUGGAAGAGCCGGAUCAAGAAAAAGAACAUCAGCAAUAUCCCAGGGACGUUUGGUGCUACCUUUUGUCAUUAGUCCCAGCGAAGGUUUCUGUAUUAAAAUGUUCUACAUUAAGCCAAUUAAAUAUAAAGGUUCUAUCAAGAAGGGAGAAAAACUGGGAACUCUACUGCCUUUGCAGAAGGUUUAUCCUGGCAUACAAUCCCACAUACAUAUUGAAAACUGUGACUUGAGUGAUCCCACUGUGUACCUGUAAGUGGAAGACAAAUGACCAGAUCUUCCAGAUAGAAGGCCAUUUUCUUAAAGCCUGAAUGCAUAUCCUGCUUUUCAAAUUUGUGUUCAAAUAGAAACAUGAUGAAUGCAAGAAAGAAAACAGUAUUUUGAUUUCAGCUUACUGCCAUUUGGAUGUUUUUGCGUGUCAACUAACUUCUCAGGGCUUUCUGACCUUUCUAUAACCUAUGAGAUCUGGGGUGGUGUUCUUUGGUUUUUGUUUGUUUUGUUUUAAAGAUUUCUUAGUCCUAAAUACAUAGGAUAAAUAAACAUACAAAUUCAAGCUGA